AUGGCCAAAACAAGUUCAGCUGAUGGUAGGACUAGAAGCUCUGUACAGAUCUUCAUAGUAGUUGGUCUGUGCUGUUUCUUCUAUAUAUUAGGCGCGUGGCAGAGAAGUGGUUUUGGAAAGGGAGAUAGCAUAGCUUUAGAGAUUACUAAGACUAAUGCAGAAUGUAACAUAGUUCCAAAUUUAAGUUUUGAUUCCCACCACGGUGGAGAAGUUAGCGAAAUCGAUGAAGUCGAUUCAAAGCCAAAGGUAUUUAAACCAUGUGCUGCUCGCUAUACUGAUUACACUCCCUGUCAAGAUCAAAAGCGUGCCAUGACCUUUCCUAGAGAAAACAUGAUCUAUAGAGAGAGACACUGCCCCCCAGAUGAAGAGAAGUUACAGUGUAUGAUCCCUGCACCAAAGGGGUAUGUAACACCAUUUCCAUGGCCGAAGAGUCGUGACUAUGUUCCGUUUGCUAAUGCUCCCUACAAGAGUCUAACAGUUGAGAAGGCUAUUCAGAAUUGGAUCCAAUAUGAGGGAAAUGUGUUUAAGUUCCCUGGUGGUGGAACACAAUUUCCUCAAGGUGCUGAUAAAUAUAUUAAUCAAAUUGCGUCUGUGAUACCUAUGACUAAUGGGACGGUGAGAACAGCGCUAGACACCGGGUGUGGGGUUGCCAGUUGGGGUGCAUAUCUUUGGAGCAGAAAUGUUAUUGCCAUGUCUUUUGCACCAAGGGACAAUCAUGAAGCACAAGUUCAGUUUGCUCUUGAAAGGGGUGUCCCUGCUGUCAUUGGCGUUUUGGGGAGCAUAAAAUUACCUUAUCCAUCUAGAGCCUUUGACGUGGCUCAUUGUUCUCGCUGUUUGAUACCUUGGGGAACAAAUAAUGGAAUGUAUAUGAUGGAAGUUGAUCGAGUUCUACGGCCUGGUGGUUAUUGGGUGCUCUCCGGUCCUCCAAUCAAUUGGAAGGUUAACUACAAAGCCUGGCAGAGACCUAAGGAAGAACUUCAGGAAGAACAAAGAAAGAUCGAAGAGAUUGCUAAGCAACUUUGCUGGGUGAAGAGGUCGGAGAAGGCUGAAAUGGCCAUUUGGCAGAAGGUUGUAGAUUCUGAAUCAUGUAAGAGGAGACAAGAGGAUUCUAGCGUAGAAUUUUGUAGGUCCUCAGAUGCCGAUGAUGUCUGGUAUAAGAAAAUGGAGGCCUGCAUCACACCCAGUCCUAAAGUUUCUGGUGGGGAUCUUAAACCAUUUCCAAGCAGGCUUCAUGCCGUUCCUCCCAGAAUUGCUAGUGGCUCAGUUCCUGGAGUUACCUCUGAGACAUACCAGGAUGAUAACAAAAAGUGGAAAAAGCAUGUGAAUGCUUACAAGAAAAUUAAUAGACUGCUGGACUCGGGAAGGUACCGUAACAUCAUGGAUAUGAAUGCUGGGUUGGGUAGUUUUGCUGCUGCUAUCUAUUCUUCAAAGUUAUGGGUCAUGAAUGUUGUGCCUACUAUAGCCGAGACAAAUACACUGGGUGUGAUAUAUGAGCGAGGACUAAUUGGCAUCUAUCAUGAUUGGUGUGAAGCCUUUUCCACAUAUCCACGAACAUAUGACCUCAUUCAUGCUCAUGGUGUCUUUAGUCUCUACAAGGAUAAAUGCAAUGCAGAAGAUAUUCUUCUGGAGAUGGACCGGAUUUUGCGACCAGAAGGCGCUGUGAUAUUCCGUGACGAAGUGGAUGUGCUAAUCAAGGUAAAGAAAAUAGUUGGAGGAAUGAGAUGGGAUACUAAAAUGGUUGAUCACGAGGAAGGUCCUCUUGUUCCUGAGAAGGUGCUGAUAGCUGUUAAGCAGUAUUGGGUUACUGGUGGAAAUUCCACAUCAACACAAUAA